AUGGCUGAAUGGUUAAAGCGCCCAACUCAUAAUUGGAGAAUACUUAAUAAUACGGCGAAACAUUUAUACAAAACACCUAUCCCGAGCACACGCAAGGGAACCAUAGACAGGCAAGUGAAAUCCAAUCCACGAAAUAAUUUGAUCCAUGGACGGCACCGUUGUGGUAAAGGUCGUAAUUCCAGAGGAAUCAUUACCGCAAGGCAUAGAGGGGGAGGUCAUAAGCGCCUAUACCGUAAAAUAGAUUUUCGAUGGAAUCAAAAAGACAUAUCUGGUAGAAUCGUAACCAUAGAAUACGACCCUAAUCGAAAUGCAUACAUUUGUCUCAUACACUAUGGGGAUGGUGAGAAGAGAUAUAUUUUACAUCCCAGAGGGGCUAUAAUUGGAGAUACUAUUGUUUCUGGUACAAAAGUUCCUAGAUCAAUGGGAAAUGCCCUACCUUUGAAAUCUACUUCAACCGAUAUGCCCUUAGGCACGACCAUGCAUAACAUAGAAAUCACACGUGGAAGGGGUGGGCAAUUAGCUAGAGCAGCAGGUGCUGUAGCAAAACUCAUUGCAAAAGAGGGUAAAUCGGCCACUUUAAGAUUACCAUCUGGGGAGGUCCGUUUAGUAUCCCAAAACUGCUUAGCAACAGUCGGACAAGUGGGUAAUGUUGGGGUGAACCAAAAAAGUUUGGGUAGAGCCGGAUCUAAGUGUUGGCUAGGUAAACGCCCCGUAGUAAGAGGGGUAGUUAUGAACCCUGUGGACCACCCCCAUGGGGGCGGUGAAGGGAAAGCUCCCAUUGGUAGAAAAAAACCCACAACCCCUUGGGGUUAUCCUGCGCUUGGAAGAAGAACUAGGAAAAGGAAAAAAUAUAGCGAUAGUUUUAUUCUUCGUCGCCGUAAGUAAAUACGUAACUAGGAAUAUGGAAAAUUGCAUUUUUGGAAUUUGCAAUAAUGCGAUGGGCGAACGACGGGAAUUGAACCCGCGCAUGGUGGAUUCACAAUCCACUGCCUUGAUCCACUUGGCUACAUCCGCCCCUUAUCCAGCUAAAGGAUUUUUUGCUUUUUUCCAUUGAUCAUUAUUCUAUUUAUUCUGACCUCCGUACUUCGAUCGAGAUAUUGGACAUAGAAUGCCACUCUUUAAAAAGGAAAAAAGGAGUAAUCAGCUGUGACACGAAAAAACGAAUCCUUUUGUAGCUCAUCAUUUAUUGGCAAAGAUAGAAAAGGUCAAUAUGAAGGAGGAGAAAGAAACAAUAGUAACGUGGUCCCGGGCAUCUAGCAUUCUACCCACAAUGGUUGGCCAUACAAUCGCGAUUCAUAAUGGAAAGGAACAUAUACCUAUUUACAUAACAAAUCCUAUGGUAGGUCGCAAAUUGGGGGAAUUCGUGCCUACUCGGCAUUUCACGAGUUAUGAAAAUGCAAGAAAGGAUACUAAAUCUCGUCGUUAACUGAAUUCUGAAUAGAAAGAUUAAGAAGAAAAAAAAAAGAUUCAAAAUAAAGUAAAGGUAGGCGGGGAAUAACCUUAUUUAUGACAAGUUUCAAACUAGUAAAGUAUAUCCCUAGGAUAAAGAAGAAGAAAAGUGGGCUAAGGAAACUCGCAAGGAAAGUUCCAACCGAUCGUCUACUUAAGUUCGAGAGAGUUUUCAAAGCACAAAAACGUAUCCCUAUGUCUGUUUUCAAAGCACAAAGAGUUCUUGACGAGAUUCGCUAGCGUUACUACGAGGAAACUGUUAUGAUACUGAACCUCAUGCCCUAUCGAGCAUCUUAUCCCAUCUUAAAGUUGGUUUAUUCGGCAGCCGCAAAUGCUACUCAUUAUAGGGAUUUCGACAAAGCGAAUUUAUUUAUUACUAAAGCCGAAGUCAGUAGGAGUACUAUUAUGAAGAAAUUCAGACCUCGAGCUCGAGGACGUAGUUUCCCCAUAAAAAAAGCAUGUGUCAUAUAACAAUUGUACUAAAUAUAGUAAAGAAAUCUAAAUAACCUUUAGAUCCAUCUAAGAUUUCGAUUCCCAGUAAAAAAAUAUAGAAUAGAAAAAUAUGGGACAAAAAAUAAAUCCACUCGGUUUCAGACUUGGUACAACCCAAAAACACCAUUCCUUUUGGUUCGCACAACCAAAAAAUUAUUCUGAAGGUCUACAGGAAGAUAAAAAAAAUAAGGGAUUGUAUCAAGAACUAUAUACAAAAGAAUAGGAAAAAGGGCUCGAAUUGAAAAAUAGAAUCAGACUCAAGUUCCGAAGUAAUUACACAUAAUAGAAAAAUGGACUCAGGUUCAAGUUCCGAAGUAAUUACACAUAUAGAAAUCCAUAAAUAAAUCGAUACGAUCCACGUCAUAAUCCAUAUUGGAUUCCCAAAUUUAUUAAAGAAAAAAGGAGCAAUCGAAGAAUUAGAGAAAGAUCUACAAAAGGAAAUUAACUCUGUAAACCAGAGAUUUAAUAUUUCUAUCGAAAAA